AUGGAGAUGAUGACUGAGAAACAGAGAGAUACGAGAUAUUUCUGGAACAACACACCUGGAAAAAGUGAUUAUGAGGCUGUAGAAGCCCUUAUUUCUAUGAGUUGCAACUGGAAAUCUGACUUCAAAAAACAUGCAGAAAUGAGACCUAUAACUCCAGCGUCUGAUAUGUCAGAAGAGAGUGACGAGACUUUGCUUCCUGGAGCAGCAGACUUUAGUGCGAUACCAGCAUUUUGCCUGACCCCCCCCUACAGCCCUUCUGACUUGGAGAUGUCACAGGUAGUCCAUCCUGGGGCACCGGUGCCUGCCACAGCGCUCAGCAAUGCUGCCAAACCUCUUCUGGCUGCGCCUCGGAGAGAAGCGGAGAGGCCUCCAGCAGCUGGGCCUCUGAAAGCUCAAGCGACGAGUGUUAUCCGCCAUACGGCUGAUGCCCAGCUUUGCAAUCACAAAACCUGCCCAGUGAGAACAGCCAGCGUGCUGAAAUACCAGGACAGUGUUUCGAGGGAAACGAGCAGUAAGCAAAAUGCUGAAGCAGAACAUGUGGUGUGUUCCGCUGUGGUGCCGAGCAGAGCCAGUGAUGAGAGUGGUGAACUGCUGGUGGCAGAAGCAAAAACCACAGAACCAGCUGUCGGUCCGGUGCCCUUGACGAAGCCCUCAGUCAGCGGGCAUCAGCCUGUCCCUGGAUCGGCGCAGCAGUCAGCGGGAGUGGUACCGCCAUGUCCCAGCCAAGGCAGUGGAGCCCCUCCCGUGCCAGUGAUUUGUCAAAUGGUCCCGCUGCCCGCAAACAACAACGUUGUGACGGCCGUAGUGCCCAACACCACACCAAGCCACCCCCCGGCUCUCUGUCAGCCCAUGGUCUUCAUGGGCACCCAAGUUCCCAAAGGUGCCGUUAUGUUUGUUGUGCCCCAGCCAGUUGUGCAGAGCACAAAGGCUCCCAUUAUUAGUCCGAAUGGCACGAGACUUUCUCCCAUUGCCCCUGCUCCCGGCUUUGUACCUUCUGCAGCAAAAACCACUCCUCCAGUUGAUUCUUCGAGGAUAAGAAGUCACAUUUGCAGCUACCCAGGAUGUGGGAAGACGUACUUCAAGAGCUCCCAUUUGAAGGCUCACGUCAGAACACACACAGGAGAGAAGCCAUUUAGUUGUAGUUGGAAAGGCUGUGAGAGAAGGUUUGCACGCUCUGAUGAACUGUCUCGCCAUCGCAGAACGCAUACCGGGGAGAAGAAAUUUGCCUGCCCAAUGUGUGAGCGGCGGUUCAUGAGGAGCGACCACUUAACGAAGCAUGCGCGUCGCCACUUAUCAGCUAAGAAGUUACCAAACUGGCAAAUGGAAGUGAGCAAGCUAAACGAUAUUGCUGUGCCGCCAACAUCUGCGACUGCGCAGUGA